UCCCGCCUUAAAAAGGCGGAGCCUCUGAUAUUGGUACAAAUAAUAAAUACACUCGAGCAGAGCUCAGUGUUACUUGCUUCCCUCCUGAGUCUUCAUUCCCCACAGAGACGAAAGACGACCACGAAAAAGAUGCUCUUGUACACUGUCGUGACAAUUCUUGCAUUAUCAAAUGCCUGCCAAGGUAACCAUCUGAGAAACUUUGUCCGCUCUGUGGUGAAGCGGCAACUGGUCGCUUUAAAUGGUGACAUUUCUGACAUAAAGGGAGCCUUGGCCAGCAUACAGAAUGAGCUGGCCAAGGGCAAGGGUGCAGCCUGCUCGACAGUGCAGUCCGGCUGGGGGCCCCCGUUUGACGUGUUUGGGAAAGGCGCUCAGUACUAUUUGGCUUUCCGCGGAACGGCCGGCGCGGGCCCCUCGGUCUAUGACACUUACAUCGGCAAAGGACGAGAGCGUAGCAUUGAAGCGUGCUGUAGACAGGUAAACGGAUCACUUCCUUGCUCUGGGCAUUACCGUAAUGCGGGCAUCUUGGAUAACUGGCAGAAUAUCGAAGAGGUAGUCGUGGCUCUGUAUGACCGUGGUGUCCUCAAACAGUCCUUGACCUUUGACGCCGCCGGCACAGACUACCUGUCCUGGUUCAGUGCUGCCAAUCUCAAGGACCCUGGAAUUUGGCGAGAUCUGCAGAGAAAACACACCAACUUUUUCUCUAUUACUGGGGAUCAGCGUUAUGAGCGCCCCUUCUUCAUUAACAACAAAUACGGUGGAUGUCCAGGUGAUAGUGGUUGGUUGGUGGCCGCGGAUCACCAGCGUCAUCCAUGUCCUUGGGAAAAGCAUUCAUCUUACCCACAGUUCUUAUACAGCAAGGACAACGGACCUACACAUUGGAAUAAAAAUGAGAAAAUCGAUCGAGCUGACGUCCUGGCAAUUUUCGUUAAGCCAUACAACGGCUGCAACAGCCAGUAACUUCUUAAAAAUAUAACCGGAUUCUUUGUUUUUAUCUUUUUUCUUAAAAUCUAAAGAAGUAAAAUAAUCUACUUCAACGAAAAUGAUGUAAUUUAACUGUAAUUAGUGAAUUAGAGUAAUGGCCCUUAAGUUAAAGAAAUAAACAAAAAACAUUUAACCAUAAGAAAUAAAUAUAUUGCUGUCUGUCUUAAGUACAUUAUGGCGUGCAGAGAAAGAUGUUGUAGAAUCCAUGUGCAUAAAGCACUGUUACAAGUUCAAUAUUCAACACAUGUAAACAUUUUUAAAGAAAGCUGAGGUAUGAAUAAAAGAACUCAAAAUCAU